AACGUCAAUUGUCAUCUAAGUCGAAUUACAUUUUAAGGUUAUGUUGUGUGUUUCUAAAAUUUAAAUGCUUUAACUACUUUAUCUUCAAGAUGGAUGAAAUAAUAGUAGGAACAUACGAAGGUUUUUUGCUGGGAUAUUCAUUAAGAUCAGAAGACGAAUCGGAAACCAAAUUAAAGCAAACUUUUGCGACACAUUCACAUACAUCGUCUGUGCGAUGUAUAUCCGUUGCUGGGAAGUUUCUAGCGUCCGGUGGGACUGACGACAAAGUUGUAAUUAUAGACUUGAAGACUCGCAAGGAACAUACAGUUUUAAUGAACCACGAUGGCACAAUCAAUAGCGUGGCCUUCACGCACGGCGGUACGCAUUUACUUACCGGCAGUGACGAUGGGUGCAUCAUUGUAACAAGGACAGGCAACUGGCAGAUUGAGAAAAUUUGGAAAAAGGCACAUGGUGGGCAGCCUGUUACAGCAAUUGCUGUUCACGAAUCGGACAAAUUGGCUUUAAGCAUUGGUGGAGAUAAAACCUUGAGAACAUGGAAUUUAGUUAAGGGCCGUCCAGCGUUUACUAUCAAUCUAGCUAGCAAGGGUGUCAGUAUGCCCACUGAAAUUAAAUUUUCACCAGGUGGGGAUAGAUUUUCCCUUGUUUCAUUGCAAAAUGUUGAUGUUUGGACUAUCAGCAAAGCAGGCUUAGAGAAACGCUUAACAUGUAAUUCUAAACCGACUACUGUACAAUGGAUUGAUGAUGACAAAAUGUUUGUUGGACUUGAAACUGGCAACAUUAUUAACUUCAAAGUAUCGGAAACACAGGCAGAGACAUUUAAUGCACAUAAACAGAGAGUGAAAAGUUUGCAUUAUGAAAAUAACAUGUUAUAUUCAGCAUCAAGUUCCGGAGAACUAAAAGCUUGGUCUAUAAGUGAAAAUAAACUAAAAGAGAUAUGCUCUGCAAAAGCUGCUUGUAGAGUAACUUGUGUAGCAUUAAAUAGACAAAGCCAUUUAAUAAAGAAAGAAGAAUCUGAUAAUGAAAGUGAUAAAGAAGAAAAAUUGUCUAAAAAUUCUGAUAGUGAUGUAUCAGCAGAUGAUGUCAAGGCAGAAACUAUUUCAAAAAAGAGGAAGCCUGGGGCAUUUGUAACUAUAAGUUAUGAUGAUGAUAAUGCUAAUAAAGAAUCUGCUAACUCAGAGCCACCUGUCAAGAAAGCAAAAAGGAAGAGGAGAAAUAAAAAGAAAAAUAAAAAUAAUGAAUAAUUUAAAUAA